GAUUUCUGAACACACACAGUCACACACCAAGUUUUUUUAAAUUUAAUUACCCUCAUCAUUAAAUGAGUAUAAAUUAAUCCAAUAAAUCACCGUCCUCCUCCCCCCAAAAGAACAUGCAGUCCAGGAGUGGCAGUAAAUAUUCUUAUCUUAAUUAAUCAUUAAACAUUUACUGCUACUUCUCUGUACUGCUUCAAUUUGUUCUUCCCGUGUUGAGGUCCACUCCGCGGUGUUGAAUUUUGUCCAUUAUUAUUAUUUUUAUUUUUAAAAAAUCUUUAUUUUAAUUUUGAAUUCCCAUUUCUUCCUCCUUAAAUAAAUUCUUUUAAAAAAGUUUUAUUCUUCUGCACAUUAAAUCCCUGAAUUUUUUAAUGUUUCUUUUCAAAAUUUUUUAAUUAUUAUUGCCAUUACGUACGUAAAAGUUUUUGGUGUCUAUUUUACUUUCUUUUCUUCCUCCGUCGUCUUCCUCCUCCUCCCUUCCACCGACUAAAUUCCAGCUCUUCUCCGGUCCGCAACAGUGGCGAGCACAACGACGACGUUUUCUUCAUUGAUUUCUUCAUUCUCAUUUCCGUAUUCCGGAAGAUGGCCAAGCGCGGAUAUAAAUUACAGGAGUUUGUGGCGCAUUCGGGAAGCGUGAAUUGUUUAAAGAUUGGGAAGAAGAACUUCCGCCAAUUUUUAACUGGUGGAGAUGAUCAAAUAGUCAAUCUUUGGUCAAUUGGCAAGCCUGAACCUGUAACGAGCCUUUCUGGUCACACCAGUCCAGUAGAAUCUGUAGCUUUUGAUUCUGCGGAAGUUUUAGUGGUUGCCGGAGCCUCGUCUGGUGCAAUAAAAUUGUGGGACCUUGAGGAAACGAAGAGUGAGUUGAAUCUUUUUUCUGUCUCAUUAAGUGUACAGUGUUGGUUUUCAAUUACAUGCCUCCGUGUUCUUCAAUAUUUUGUGAUUGAUAUUGAAUCAAAUUGUCUUAGGUUUAAACAUUGAUUCUGGUAAAGAUGCUAAUUGAAAAGAAGUAUUUUACUGAAUUGACAGUCUGAUCUCUGUAUUUAAAACUGUUCUCAUUAAUUAUGUUUCCUGAACAGCAAAAUCUUGUGCAUUUGUACUUCAGUAUCUUUUGGGUUAACGAUUUUCCGAAUACGAGUAUAUAGUAAUAAUUUCUUUGAGAAUCCAAACAUGUUAAUGUCUGUGAUAAGCCCCACUUAUUUUUAUCCACAAUUCUUUUUACAAUUACAAAAAUCUUCCAUAUUUAUGGUUUUUGACUUAAUUAGUUUCUAUUGACUUAGAAAGCCUCAACAUUUCCUGCCUUAUGGUUUUCAUCCAUAUUUAUGCAAAUUGCUUCAAGUCAGCUUUCAACUUCUUUGACCAUGACCCUUGAUCCUUACAAAAUUUAGGCAUACUUGCUCAAUAUGUUUUUGACUUGUUUCAUAUGAAGCUUGGAUACCCGAUAUGUCCUCUGCCAUAGCUAAGUGAUCAUAUGGAUGCGUGAGUAACUGCCAUCUACUAAGGCGUCUUUCUAAUCUAAAACAGUGGGAACCAAGGAAAUGCUUCAUUUAUCUCCUGCUUGGCUCCAGUCUGAACAACACAGGAUUUUAGAUUAGUUCUAUUUAGUAAAAAGAAAUGGUGACUGUAUUGGUUUACUGUGGGAUUUUGCAAUGAGAGCCUCCUGCAGACGUUAUGGUAGAAAGCUCUUGUAGUAGUUUAUCCUGUUGCCAUACUGCUUAUCUUUAUCAUGUCAAUCUCAAAUGGAUCGCCACCUUAUUUAGUUAUUCUUCUUAAAUGGUAGUGGUUCGCUCGCUCUCUGGUCACAGAUCAUAUUGCACUGCAGUAGAAUUUCAUCCAUUUGGUGAAUUUUUUGCAUCUGGCUCCAUGGACACCAAUUUGAAGCUGUGGGAUAUUAGAAAGAAAGGAUGUAUACAUACAUACAAGGGUCACACUAGGGGUAUCAGUACUAUAAGAUUUACUCCUGAUGGUCGGUGGGUAGUCUCCGGUGGAUUUGAUAACGUUGUAAAGAUUUGGGACUUGACGGCUGGAAAACCCUUGCAUGAUUUCAAGCAUCAUGAGGGACAUAUUCGAUCACUGGAUUUCCACCCGCUUGAGUUUCUUCUUGCAACAGGCUCUGCGGAUCGAACGGUCAAAUUUUGGGAUUUGGAAACAUUUGAACUGAUUGGAUCUGCCAAGCGUGAGAGUGCAGGAGUUCGAUCAAUAACAUUCCACCCUGAUGGAAGAACCUUAUUUUGUGGACUGGAUGAUAGUUUGAAGGUUUAUUCAUGGGAGCCUGUCAUAUGCCAUGAUUCUGUUGAUAUGGGUUGGUCAACACUGGGUGAUCUUUGUAUCCAUGAUGGCAAACUUUUGGGUGCUGCAUAUUACCAGAACUCUGUUGGAGUUUGGGUAGCAGAUGUUGCGUUUAUUGAGCCCUAUGGAGCUGCUGUGUCACCUGGGCAGAAUACCCAGCUGGAGCAAAAAGAUGAGCUUCAGGAAAAUGUUCCAGAGAAAUCUGAUAGCCAUAGGAGGUCCAUUUCAAGUAUGCAUAGCACGUCAGAUGUUGACUCUGGUGAUAUAAAGAAUAUUUAUGUGGACAGCUGUAAUUCUAUAAUUUCAACAAAUGUUGGGUCUCUUAGCUCUCCAAAGACUGCUGUCCUGUCGGAAAAAAAUGAAAUUAGAAAUCUAUCAAAUCAGAAGCAGAGAUCUGGUGUUGACAUGCCAGCGAAAACAAAUGUGUCUGCGAGUGCCAAAUCUUUUACUGUACCUUCUAUUAUACCUCGUGACAUUCCUGAAACAAACGAUGUGGUUAGUUCUAGAGGAGAAUCUUUUGCAGGAGUUAGAGCCAGUAGUGGCAUUGUGAAACCAUCUCAUGUACGGAGGCCUUCGAUUACAAAAUCUGAUAUGGAUAACUCAACCCCUCCGGACCCUCUGUCGCUACAUAAUAUGACAAGUAAAGUUGAUCCCAAAAAAGACCCGAAUCUGACUGUCACGCUAGUUAGGGACAAUGCUGCCAUGGAAUCCUCUGUGGAAUUUGAUAUGAGCAUCAAGAAUGUUCAGGAAGAUUCUGUAAAAGCUUCAGCUCAGACAAGACCUAGUCAGGAAAAUGGUGAAAAGGCCCAGGAUUUGAACCAAGGGAUGGUUCCUGUCAAAGUUGUGAAUGGAGUGGCAGUUGUCCGAGGUAGGACCCGCAGUCUGGUUGAGAGGUUUGAAAAAAAGGAGGUUUUCAGUUGUAUUGAUGUACAACCGCCUGGUAGAGCACCAGAGCCUACAACUGAGGCUGUGAAGAUGUCUCCCCAAGUGCCGGAUGAAGUUCGAAACCUUACAACUCAGGCUAACAAAACAUCUCCGCCAGUCCCUGAUAGAGCUCCGGACCCUGCAAUUGAGGCUGUGAAGACAUCUUCCCGAGUGCCUGACAAAGUUCCAUAUCUUACAACUGAGGCUAAUGAAGCAUCCCCUCGAGUGCCUGACACAGCUCCAAAUCCUUUAAAUGAGGAGGUGAAGAUAUUUCUUCCUGUAGAUAGUGAAGUUCCAUACCACACCUCUGAGGCUACAGAAACAUCUCCCCCAGUACCUGAUAGAGUUACUCAGCCUGCAACUGAGGCUGUAAAGCCAUCAAGUCCAAUUCCUGGUAGAGAACCUCAGCCUGCAACUGAGGCUGUAAAGCCAUCGCGUCCAGUUCCUGACAGAGUUCGACAUCGUAUGACUGAGGCUUCGGAAGCAUCUCUCCCACUGCCUGAUAGAGUUCCACGUUCUAUAACUGUGGCUGCAAAGCCAUAUCGUAGGGUUCCUGAUAGAGUUCGAUACCGUACAACUGAGGCUGGAGAAGCGUCUCCCCUGGUGCCUGAUAGAGUUCCACACACUAGAACUGAGACCGGAAGGCCAUCUCGCCUGGUUCCAGAUAGAGUUCGGUACCGAACUGCUGAGGCUCCAAAAGCUUCCUCUCCUGUGCCUGAUAGAGCUUCAUAUUAUAGAUCCGAGGCAGCAAGAACAUCUCUGCCCAUGCCUGAUGGAGCUUCGCAUCAUACAACUGAGGCUCUGAAAACAGCGUCUUUGAUUGAUAAUCAGCUAAGUGAUGGAAAACAGGAGUCUAAUGUUGAAGAUAAUCAUAUCAUCGAAGCUCUGAUGGAAAAUCAUGAUGUGCUCCUAAGUGCACUACGCUCCCGCCUGACAAAGUUGCAGAUGGUGCGGCAUUUCUGGGAACGAAAAGAUGUUAAAGGUGCCAUAAAUGUUUUGAAAAAGUUGCCGGAUCAUUCUGUUCAAGCAGAUGUCAUCAGUGUUCUAACUGAGAAAAUGGAGAUCAUCAACUUAGAUUUGUUUUCAUGCGUUCUGCCUGUGCUGCUGGGCUUACUCGACAGCAAAGUUGAAAGACAUGUGAGCACUUCCUUGGAGAUGCUAUUGAAGUUGAUUGCAGUUUUCGGUCCUCUAGUUCAUUCAACUGUUUCAGCACCUGGUACGAUUGGGGUUGAUCUUCAUGCAGAGGAAAGACGGGCUAGCUGCAAACAGUGCCAUGUCUAUCUCCAAAAUGUUCAGAAAAUUCUUCCAAUGUUAAUACAGAGAGGGGGUGUUGUGGCAAGAAGCGCCAUGGAACUCAACCUUAUUGUUCAAGAAUUAUGACCUCUUCCUUACCUGUAUUGACGGCAACAUUGAUCAAGUUCAGAUUUACCGAUAAAUAGUAUUUUUGGCAGACCUUAUUUCACAUUGAGGAACAUCCAAUUUUGUCAUUAUGAUAUCUUAAUUAGGCUUACCCUUUUCAAGUAAUUUUGGCAGCUUAUAUAUACAGUAUGAGAUGUCUUGUGGUAAGGCUUGAGAAUUUUUUAUUCCAGCUUCCACAUAGUAAAGGGUGUUCAAGUUCAUCUCCAAUAUAAGGGUAAUACAUUCUUUCAGUUAUGGCUUUAGAAAAGGCGGCUGGUAUUGCAGAUGUAGUACAUAAUCUUACUAAGCUGUAAUUAGAAGUUAAUUGAUGUACAUUUGUUGUAAUUAUUGAAAUAUAUACAUACAGCUCUCAUUAAUGAAAUUUGUAUAUUAUGCUGUUUCAGAGCUUCCUUCAUAUACCUGACUCACUACCUGACCUUGUGUGAUUGUUGAGGAAAGGGUUUCAUUUGUGCAGUAGGUGAAGUUUCAAAGAUGAGAGCUUAAGACAGCAUCUUCAAUGCAACUACUACUGCAAAGUAGUGUAUCUGUACUCCUUUCGUCUUGUGUUACUGAUAAAUUUCCACCUUCUUGAACAAAAAUAGGGUUGAGUGCAGAAUGUUGCACCUGGGAACAUGAAUCGUAAAGC